UUUUUUACAUUUGAGAACGCUGAAGUAAUAGAGAGAACAAGAGCGCGUGGUAACAAACAAACCCUAGAACGCAAAUCAGAUUGCGAACUACAUUCGAAUCAAAUCAAACCACCGUAUCUCACCAUGGAAUCCGCCGCUAGAAGAAGAGGAGGAGGCGUUUUCGAAGGCCUUUACAAGGUCCUCAUGCGCCGCAACUCUGUCUACGUUACCUUCGUCAUCGCCGGCGCUUUCCUCGGAGAACGGGCUGUUGAUUAUGGAGUUCACAAGCUAUGGGAAAGCAAUAAUGUUGGGAAACGGUAUGAAGACAUUUCCGUGCUAGGGCAAAGGCCAGUUGACGAAUGAAUUGUCCAACCAUCUUGUUAGCCAUUUUGAAGUUUUCAUUAUAUUCUUGGAAAAAUGAAGUGAACAUUAUGAGCUGGAAGUAUUUUCCAUUUUGUAAUAAGUGCAUAUGUUUGUCUCUGCUGGGCUUAAGUCGGGCAUAAUUUCUUUUCCUGAUGUUUGAAAUAUAAAAUGUUGAACAAAAUAUUGAACUGCUGCAACUUUCUUUUUCUUUUUUCAA